AGGCACGCGGCCCUGCCGCAUUACCUGGACACCAUUUCGCCAACAUCGGACAUCGUAACGGAGAUGAAAUACGAGACGCAGUCGGGCCCGCCGGCGGCGCCGCCGCACUUGACCUCGUCCGGCGUCGAGCCGCCGCACAGCAGCCAGGGCUCCGGGAUUGUGGUGGGUAGUUCGCCCGGCGAGAUCGACAGUCUGCUCUUACCCUGGACAAACGGUCCAGAAUUCCUGGAGGGAGGAGUGCCGGAUGCGAAGCAAACUGCCGUCGGAUUUCAAGACAACUGGGACUCGAUCUUGGGUACGACGGUCGCCGAACAGUCGCUGUCGGACGUGAAGCUGCUUCCGCUUCCGCCCUUCACCAACUAUACGGGACACCUCCAAAUAAACGGUAUCCCUGGACAUCACUAUCACACGAUAGCCUCGUCCGGGCAGAGAUCAACGAUCGAGGUGGGGUCCGCUUCGCCUACACCCUCCUCCAACCAGGAAUUCUUCGAGUCGCCCGUAGUGUCUUCCAGCACACCAUGCCCGCAGGCAAGCCAGAAGCAACAGCAGCAGCAGCAGCAGCAGCAGAAUCACCAGCAGCCGCAGCAUCACCAUCCUCACAAUCAGCAACAGCAGCAGCAGCUGCCGCAAUCGACGCAACAGAUUAUUUACGAGGAGAUGGAGGACAUCGCGCAAAUAAUCGGUUCGGCGAUUGCGGACACAACGGUGCCGGGCAACGGAAACGGCCCCAGUUCCGAGCAGGAUACAGACGCCUCGAGGGAUUGGAUAGAUAUCGCCGAUUGGAUAACGGAUUGUUCGCCUAAGACCCAGGAGACCACCUCGCCCAGUACGUUCGCGUCUCACCAGAUCUACGUGACAACGACCCCAUCGACGCAGACUCAGCAGCACGGUUCCGCGUUGCAAAGCUUGCUUACGCAGAAAAUGGAUUACGCACCCUUGCUGCAGGCGAGAUUGCAGGCCGGUAACCCCGCGAGUCUUCAGAACGCGUCGUGCGGCGAGACGCCGUCGUCGACGAGCCCGUACCCGCCGCUCAGCCCGCCCAAUCGAGUGUCCACUUCUUGCAGUCCCGACGAUAUCCUCCAUUCGUCCUUCGCCGCGCCCUCCCAUCCUAGAAAGAGGUCACGAUCCUCGCCAGGCUCCGGAGGCGCGACGGGCUCCAAGAAGGGACCCGCGGCCAACGCCGCGGCGUUAUCCUACGGAACGGAAUCGGGUUUAAUGAGCGGUAAGGAUAAGCCAAUACAUCGGUGUCAUAUCUGUCAAAGAGGUUUCCUAAACAAAAGCAAUAUUAAGGUACACUUACGCACGCAUACGGGCGAGAAACCGUUCAGAUGCGACGUGUGUAGCAAAGCUUUCAGGCAGAAGGCGCAUCUUAUUAAGCAUCAGCAGAUACAUAAAAGGAUUGGUAGGGAUUAGAUCGUUCAUUAUCUUUCUCAGCCCACGAUCGAACGGACAUACAUGAUAGAAUAGAAGGUAGUCUAUGAUAGCUAGUUAAGUAAGGUAGAUAAAUAUACAUAAUAAGAACAUUUGGACGUAUGACACUCUGAAGUACGUUGUGUACUUAUAAUGCAAUGUGUCGAUCGUAGUGAUUUGUGUGAGCAAAUGAUUUUAAUUAUCAGAGUCCGGAUAAAUGUUGCAAAGUGUAUUUUCGGUAUUUUCAAUAGUCUACGAAACGUGGUCCGAUGGGAUUUUAACGAUGAGCUGCUUGAGCGUUUACUGAAUCGCGAUAAAGAGAUAACAAUAAAGAAUAAGAUAAUUCUUGCUCUCUAUCGUUAAAUCUUAUUCGACGAUCAGCUCGGAGCCUCACUAGCGGUGCGUCGCGUUAAAAUCGCAUCAGACUGCCUCGCAGGUACAAGUUUUAUUACAUUGAAAAUACGGUUGAGCUCUACUAAGUGCUUUACGAUCCACGAUCAGAAUAUGAUGCUCGAUUGCUAGCCUGAUGCUUGAACGAUGUAUAUUCGAGUUAUUCUUGAAGCAUAAAUGCGAAGAGUAGUGUCUUCAAUAUUGACAAGCUUCAAGUAUGACUUACUAGGAAAUCUCUUUCAUGGUCAUUACAUCGGUGCAUGACUUCAUCGGUACCGUCAGUUCUUCUUUCGAUUAAA